AUGGGACUUGUGCUCAGUCCACUUGACACCUGUUGGGUCCAUCCGGCCCCUGAGCUGAACUCUCCUACCACGCAUGCCUCCCAUAUAUGGCUGUCUCUGAAGCCUCUUGAGCUAGAGGCCAGCACUGAACUGUCCCCUGAGGAGCGGAGGGUCUGAAGGAAACUGAAGAAGGAACGGAAAAAGGAAGAGAAAAAGCGACUGCGAGAGGCAGGCCUUGCUGCGGCUCAGACAGCAAAGGGCCAGACCCUGCCAGCCAAGCCCUCGGCUGCCGUUCUGGCCCUGGAGUACCUCCAAGGGUGGGCCAGAAGCAGGAGAGCUGGAGAUUCCAGAAGGACGAGGCAGACGUGGCUCUUGCUGAACAUGUAUGACGAGGACAAGGUUCCUGACGAGCACUUCUCUACCCUGCUGGACUACCUCGAGGGGCUGAAAGGCAGUGCCCGUGAGCUGACAGUCCAGAAGGCCGAGGCCCUGAUGCAGGAGCUCGAUGAGGCCGACACUGAGGCCAGAGAUGCGCAACUGGGAAAGAUGGAGCGCCUCCGGCAGGUGCUGCAGCUGCUCUCCUCUGCCGCUGUGGAAGCAAGAAGGCCACCAGAAGGUCAUGUGCCUUGAGGACUUCCUUCCAAAGUCCUGGAAAGGACCCUAUCCAUACACACACACACACACACACACACACACACACACCUCUAUACGCAAUCCUGGUGCCUUAAGAGUUGAGCAUGGUCUCCCGGAAACAGCUCCCAGGUGCCACUCCCAUGUGUGUGGCCCCAAAGUGACUGUGAACAGAUUCUAUGAAUGAAAUCUCAGAGACUGGCCCACCCAUGCCGGCUUUCCCCAUCAGCUAGGGUUCCCUGGUGUGGGGAUGGUGGAUCUCCUACAUACUCAAUCUGAGGGCCACUGCAGUACAGCCUAACAACUCUCCUGCCUACAGGGAAGCCCUGCUGGGGACUCAGAGUGAGGAUCCUGGGCCUGUAUGGCCGCCAGGAGCUACUAGAGGCUGCUGCCCCUUGACCCCAACGGGCUUUCAGCAACCACGUGUUGUCCCUCAGUGUCAGGAGCUAGAUCCAGUUCCUUCUCACUGGGUUGUCUCAGCCCACGUGUUGGAAGCAGAAUGACUAAGCCUUUGUGUCUGGACCCGUGUCACUUUCAGAGCACAUAACCGACUCUCAUUGGGUGACUUUCCUGGGGACCAUGAAGAAACAUCCAUAGAUAGCAUGUAUGGAGGGCACUGACCGGCCAGAGAGGAUUUAAUGCAAGUCCAACUCAGUGAGCAUUAAGUUCACUGGGUUCUGCGUGGGAGCCGUGCAGGGUCCUCUCUCGGCCUCCUGGGCCAUCCAGCCACAGCUUUUCAGAGCCCCUCACUCUACCCCUGGGCAUCAGAGUAACUUUUAUAUACCCCUGGAAUAGAGCUGUAUAAAAGAGGUAUACAGAUCAAAUAUUAUCUACUAGAUCAUGAGAAAUUUAUUUUAAAGCAAUUCUGAAUAUAUUUAAUUUUUAUUCUUUUAUUAAAGAUUAAAACAAGUUUGCAGCACA